UUUACAGAUAAUAUUUCGAGUUGUUCAGGAUGUGGACGACUAACAUCGGAACGCAGUCUGCAACGCCUCCAUGGCGAUGCUGAUGCGUCUUCCCCUUACAGAUGCAUAGGUUAACCCUCGCAGAAUGGUAGAAGAACACUCGGCCAACCUCACAUCUCGGAUAAAUUCCGAUUAUCCCAAUACUAUUCCUGCUCCCCUAUCGAGCCCCUCUUCACAAUUCGACAAUCUGAAACUGUCGAACUCGUCCUCGGAAGCCCUGGACUCCUUCGUAACGCCCUUGCUUUCCGCCGAUAAAGAAAGAGAUACCACUAGCGAUUUGGACGUAAGAACUGCCGUCGGCGAGCUCAAGAAAGAAGGUUAUCGCUCCUCCAGGCCUAGCUCUAUUGAAUCGCGUCGUAGCAAGUCCCUGGUGAAUGCUAGUUCCGCAUCUGUUGACUCAGGUGAAGAAGCGAAACCAUCCAAAAGGGACGUGAAGAAGACUCGGUCAAAUCCGGUGAGGUGUAGUGAAGCACAAAACGUUUUCAGUGAUAGAGUUAGUGACUACAAGAAUAAUAUUAUGACGGUAGACGAAAACGCUAGUCCCUUGAAGGAUAGAUCUUCGCCAGAUAGUGGAGACAGGUUGAGUAAAACAGGAUCUCCAAAACCAGGAUGUAGCAGUCAUCCAGAUGCUGAUUCAUCCUCAUCCCGCUCUCCACGCAGCAGUGAUGGAAACCAAGAUGAAAUGUCUUCGAUGCUGUCAUCUCCUACCUCCUAUCCAAAAUCGGCGCUCACAAUUAGGAAAUUGAGACUGGAAAAUGAACGCUUACAGGCUGAACUCACUAGACUACGUAGAUUGGUCGUAUCAGGCGCUACCUCGGUACUAGCUGACAAAAAAACGCCAACAGAAAGUAAUGCCGAUCCAAAUGGAAAAAUCCACUCCUUGGAAAUGGAAUUGCAACUGGCCAAAGAGGCUUUGCUGACCUUGAAAUCUGAUAGAAGGCGGCUGAAAGCUGAGAAAUAUGACCUGCUCAACCAAAUGAAAGACUUAUACGGAACUUUGGACGAUAAAGAAAAGGAGCUACGAGAUUUCAUCAGGAACUUCAAUACGCGAGUAAGGGACACGAACAGUUCGGUACAACAACUAUCUACCGAAAGGGAAGAGCGUGAAAGAGAACGUUGGAGUUUGUUGCGGCACGCUAGAGAUGAGGCUGAGAGAAGUUUAUCUCUAGCUGCCCAACUUAAUGCCAAAGAGGUUCAGCUUCAAAUAGCACAAGAACAACUUCAGGAGGCCCGUCGACAACUUGCUUCUAGCGGCUGUUUAUCGGAUCAGGAAUCCUUGGCAUCGCUUCCGCGCCACGGUAUAAAUGGCGGAGCGCUAACCCCUGGUUCGGGAGGUCUCAUAUCAGGACACCACGGCCUAGGUUUGAUUUCAGGAGAUCGCGGUAGUUGCAGCGCUGAUUCUGGAGUCAGAAUUAGCUCGGAUCGUGAAAGCGGUGCUACUUCCAUAGCUGGUAAUCUUUCGGAUUCGACAACGGAUGGAACACCAACUAUCACCAUAGAAGGUGGAAAUAUUGACGCGGAUUCAGUGUCCAUAGUAUCGUCGUUACCGCCUCCGCAUAUGUACCAAACUAUUUCAACUAAAGACUGUAGUCCAACUCUAUCUCCACUAAAUGCUAACAAUUUCUCUAGAUCUAUUGACACAAGUGUUUUAUCCAGAUCUGUGGAACAACUCAGUUCGCCGAUAGAACCAGAACCAAUUAAUAUUAGCCGAAGACCAAAACAACCGCAAACCAGAACUACUGGAGGGCGGGGAGGAACAUGGGGUAGUAUUUCUCGAGUGUUCGCUCGUUCAAGGCAUAGAAAUAAAGCCAGCUCCCUUCAAGAAACAAGUGAACACGUUUUUGAGCCUUAUAGAAGCUGGUCUCCACUAACGGAAGAAGGCUAUGCCGAGAAGUUAAGAUUGCUUAGAGAAGCGUCCACAAUACCUAUGGAGCGAUGGAGAGCUCCUACGGUUUUAGCGUGGAUGGAGAUUGCUCUAGGAAUGCCUCAGUAUGGUGCCAGAUGUGCUGAAAACAUAAAGAGUGGAAAGAUUGGUCCUUUGCAUGGCCAGGUGCUCUUAGAGCUCAGUGACCUGGAACUGGAAUGUGGACUCGGUAUAACCCAUCCAAUGCACAGGAAAAAGCUACGACUCGCCAUUGAAGAGCACCGGCAUCCUUCUCUGGUGAGGUAUCCAGCCAUAGCUCAGUUAGGACAUACUUGGGUUUCCAGUGAAUGGUUACCUGACCUAGGACUGUCUCAGUAUGGGGAAAAUUUCUCAUCCAAUAUGGUGGACGCGAGAAUGUUGGAACAUCUGAGUAAAAAAGAACUAGAAAAGUACUUAGGAGUUACGAGAAAAUUCCACCAAGCUUCUGUAGUCCACGGCAUCCACUUGCUACGAAUAAUGAAGUACGACAGGCAGGCUUUGGCAGUAAGGCGUCAUCAAUGCGAGACUAUGGAUGCUGAUCCGUUGGUAUGGACCAACCAUCGGUUCAUCAGGUGGGCAAGAAGUAUCGAUCUAGGAGAAUAUGCUGAUAACUUAAAAGAUAGUGGCGUGCAUGGAGGACUUGUAGUACUUGAACCCUCGUUUAAUGGAGACACUAUGGCAACAGCUCUGGGCAUACCUGGUAGCAAAAGCAUAAUAAGACGUCACUUAACUGCCGAAUUGGAAGCUUUAGUUCUACCUGCAAGAUCCACACUUGAACACUAUGUUCGCCUAAGAGCAAAAUCACGUGUUCCUGGUGGCUCCCUGGGACGAACCUUCUCCCGCUCAUGCGCAGGCCUAACCGCCCCCCACCCACCCUCCGUUCUAAGUAGAGAGCAGCAGAUGACUGAGACGCGAAGGAGUACCAUAAGGGGUUCCAUAACACGAGCUCUCGGUCUGUCUAAGACAAAAUCCGAACGCGAUAGAGAAAAGCAUUCGCCCACCUCAAGUUCCGAAAGUUCUUCGAUAAGAAGCAGGGCCAGUCCCACCUACUUCUACAAAUCAUCUCGCUCCGGCGGGGAGUCCCCCAUUUAUGCACAACCCUUCGCUAAUCAACAACAUCCAUCAGCUGUGUACAAUAGGAAAUCGGAAGACUACGAUAUUUAUCUCAACAGAAGAUCGAUGGAGGAUUACGAGGUCAAAAACCCACAAUUGUUGAAGACUGAUAGGGAUUCUACCCAUUCUGCGAAGUUGAAUCCCUUCGAAACCUACGUUGGCGGCAAGCCGCAUCACAAGCCUAGGAAACAACAUAGGAGAGUGAGGAGCAUAAGCGAUAUUGAUGCUAUAAAUAGUGAACCAUCGCCAACGUAGCAUAUGGAGAAUUCAAAUCAACGAUAUGAGUUACACUUCUAAUCUCAAUUCACGAUUAUUAAGGCUUAUUUAUUUAAUUUAUGAUUGAAUGAACUAUGGUCCAGCAGAAAUAUUUUUUGCAUUCCAGAUACUUAACAUCAAAGAUCUUGGAUGAAUGGAAGAUCAUUGCAUCAGGUUCUUUUGUGCUGGUUUUUAUGAAGAUUAAUGAAAGUAUGAUUAGAAUAUAUGGAACUGCAGAAAAAUUUCUUCGACGUUUGAAACUAACAGAAAAUCAUGAUAAUCUUUAAUUUUUGAAGCAGAAUUUCCAUACAUUUCGAACAAGUGGAUAAUUUUGCGGAUACAGGGUGAGUCUUUGACUCAUACAAAUAUCUCAACAGUAGAUACUUGAGGACAGAAGAAACACUUUUAACUUUUUC